UCUCAGUACCCAAAGCUUCAAAAAGCAGCUACUAAAUGCUACUACUAAUAUUCGAAUAAAAGUAAAAGCCCCACUUUUAUUUUUAUUAAUUAAAUAAUAAAAGUAGAAUGAAGUGAAACAUAAAAAAGCAGUGGAAAAUUAAAGUGAAGAAUCAGUUCUUGAAUUUGGCUCAGUAGUAAUGGGGGUUUCUAUUCCUAUACUUGUAAUAGUGAUUGCCUUUCACCUUAUCGCCUUUGUUCUUGCCGUCGGUGCUGAACGACGUCGUAGCACGGCGAAAGUGCAACCGGAUGAGUAUGAUGAAAGGACGUACUGUGUGUAUGGAACAGAUGCUUCCACGGUGUAUGGAUUGGCGGCGUUUGGGUUGCUUCUGAUUAGCCAAACGUUGGUUAAUUGCAUUACUAAGUGUUUAUGUUUUGGAAGAGGAAUGAUGGGUGGUAGUUCUACUACCUGUGCCAUUUUCUUCUUUGUCUUCUCCUGGGUUAGCUUUUUAGGAGCAGAAGCAUGCUUAUUGGCAGGAUCAGCAAAGAAUGCAUAUCAUACAAAAUAUCGCGGGUUUUUCCAAGCUGACCACCUGUCAUGUGCCACCCUCCGAAAAGGUGUAUUUGCAGCUGGCGCUGCCCUGACGUUAUUAUCAAUGAUCGGAUCCAUUUUCUACUACUGGAUACACUCAAAGGCUGAUACCGGUGGAUGGCAAAAGCACCAAAAUGAAGGACUUGGAAUGGCAACUUCUAAUUAUACUGAAUCAACUGAAAGAAAGGGCUGAAUCCUUGUUUCUUCCAAAUGUCCGUUACAUUUACAAAUCGAACAAGGUAUUUCAUUGAGGAACUUAAACAUGAAGAGUUCUUGCUUUCGUUUUGUUCCACCCUUACAUACAUAAUAUAUCAUAUAUAUGUAGUACUUAGGAAUUUUAGUGUAUGCAUAUUAGCAGCGUAUCCGCGUCCUGUCUGUAACGGCUUUUAUUAGAUGUCAAAUGUAUCCAUAUGAACAAUGUAAGCCUUCUUUUCUGGGAAGGUAACAGUGUAUGAACUCUGUUUUUCUUGGUAGUGCACUGGAAGAGAGUACAAUUUUACAGUCUGAA